AUGUGUACAGCAUUACAGUUGCUAAUCAACGUUAAUCAGAGUGAUUAUGUCCCAUACAUAGCUUCAGAAGCUGGUAUAAGGUUGUCCAUUCACGAACAUGAUUCGCAACCUUUUUUGGAAAAUAAUGGAUUUUCUGUGGCUACUGGAUUUAGAACAGAUGUUUCAUUAUCUCAGAAGAGAAUAGAAAGAAUGCCUGGUACAACACUGUGCGACACAAGUAACAACUUCAGUAGCAUUAAUUUUGAGAACUUUCUGUCGAAUAUCGGAGGAGCUCUUGGUCUAUGGAUAGGAAUGUCCGCCAUUAGCUUUGGUGAAUUGCUAGAACUGUGUUUCUUUCUCAUGAGAAAUAUGAUGAGACGUAACAGAGCUAAAGAGAACUUAAAUGAUGUGAGCGUAAAUGCAAUUGGAGAAACCACUGACCAAAAUAUCACACAAUCUGUUCAUAUUGAUAUGUCAAUCAUCCACGAAGUGGAGAGUCGUCUAUAA